CACCCAGAGGAGACUUCCUGGAGGAGAAGAGCUGGGUCCUCCUGCAGGAGAAACCCCUCCAGUGCUGGGGAGGAAAACUCAUACCGGGGGCUGAUACCUGAAAGCGCUUUUUGCUCUCCCGUGAACUUCGGAAGCAGCGGGGACAUCGCCGGGCCGGGAUCUGCCCCAUCUCCUCCCUUCUGUAUCUGCACACCCUGCAAAUGCAGAACCCGGUACAGAACGAAGGCAUCGCUGACGUGUGGUCCAAACGUGUGCGGGAGAGGAGGAAGAGACUGCAGAUGGGCACCUUGGAUGAGUUUGAUGCGCUGGAUGACAGCCUGACCAGCCUCAUGUGGCUGCAGGACUUCUCCAUCACCAGUGCCAGCAUGGGCAAGUCUUCCUGCUGCCCCACUGGGCCGGACCCCCACGACUAUCAGAAGAUCCCCAGCUUUGCUGCCCCGUGCUCACCCCUGGCCGCUGACCCGGCGUGCAUGGGCGUGCCCCACACCCCCUGCAAGCCCAUCUCUUCAUCCACCUCGAGGACAGCACACACCAUCGUGGCCAUGAACCCUCAGCUCAUAGAAGGCAUCGACUACAAGACCAACCCGCAGGCCAAGCCACCCUACUCCUAUGCCACCCUCAUCUGCAUGGCAAUGGAAGCCAGUGAGAAGCCCAAGAUCACCCUUGCUGCCAUCUACAAGUGGAUUACUGACAACUUCUGCUACUUCAGACAUGCUGAUCCCACCUGGCAGAACUCCAUCCGGCACAACCUCUCCUUGAACAAGUGCUUCAUCAAGGUGCCUCGGGAGAAGGGUGAACCAGGGAAAGGGGGAUUUUGGAAGCUGGACCCCCAGUACGCCGACCGGCUCAAGAACGGUGCCUUCAAGAAGCGGAAAGUGCCCCCUGUGCAGACCCAGCCGGCCUUCACCCAAAACACCCAGCAGGAUCCACCAUGUACCACCAGCUCAUCCUCUUUGGUUUGCACCUCCAGUAACAUCCUCAACGUCAACAUGGAGUCGCAGCAGCUGCUGAAGGAGUUUGAAGAACUCACCGAGAGCCAGAACAUGAAUCCAGUCAAUGAUGAAGUGGGGUGCAAGCACAAGAAGCCCCUGCCCAACCGAACGGCCAAGGUAGCUCGUGUUUCCAGCUCUCCCUUGCUGACCCAGGAGGAGCAGACGGAGCUGGGGUCCCUCAAAGGUGACUUUGAUUGGUCAGCCAUCUUCAGCGCCAGCCUGAAUGAAAACUUCUCAGCUUUUGAAAACCUGGAGCUCCCGCCUCCAAUCGAUCCCAUCGUAGGUGAUGUGGACUUGGAGGCACACGGCCACAUCGACGGUCCCCAGGGGCAGGAGCAGGCCCUCACCGAAUCCAACCAAACCGACCCAGACCUGGAUGAAGCCUUGAUGGCUGCAGCUUUCCUGGACAACCCCUGGGAUGAAGGCACAAACGACUGCCUCUCCAACUGUGUCAACAUUGACCAGCUCUUUGAAGCCUGUGACGCCUCUUUGCCAGCGGAGGAGGGCAACUGGACCAGCCUCACCACCCUUGUAUAAGACACCAGUCCCCAUUUAAAGCCCAUGCAGACUUUGUGCCCCCCCCCCAAAUGCUGCUGGGACUUAAAGGGACAACAUUUUCUAGAGACAGAAACAUCCACAGUGACUUUUGCCACCUUUUAAGAUUACACAUAAAAACAUUUGGGGGAGGGGGGACGAACCACCAUCACAC